AUGAAGGGACUGGGGUUCCCUCCACGCCGUAGUAUGUACGGCGCCGGACCUACCGGGCCUGAAUGCAGAUCGCCCCUGUCGGAGUUGGGGGACUCAGUGAUAGCUGUUUUGGUGACUGGCCUGGGUGUUAUGGCGACGGAGUCGGGAUCGUCUGAGUCUAUUGUCAAUGUCAAUAUUUGGUCUAUUCCCAUAUUCUCUGAACUGACCAUCGGGAUUACCCAAUUCCGCGUCUGCCUCAUCAAUUCCAGCUCUGUCCCAUAUAGCUUUUCUGAUUGUACAGCAAAUUACGUCCACAUCAAAAAGCACUUCAAUGGCCAUAAACCAGUCGCGCCGUUCACAAAUAAUUCUACUCAAUUCCACCUACACCACCAUAUGUUUGCCAAAAUGCAACCGUCGGCGUCAGAAUAUAGGAAGCAGCUGUUUACAAUUGUCAUUGGCGGAAAGGCGACACAGGUAGCAACAAACCCAACUCCCAGGCAGAACAUUAGUAUCUUGCCCACAAAAUGGUUCUUCCCCAUAUUCGAAGGGGUCAGCCAAAGGAUACCACUACCAGACAGAAUAAAUAAGAACAAGCCGGACAUUCUGAAUAUAGUACGAAACCAUACUCUUAUGACCAAAGUAUGCUGGCCAGAGUUUCAGGUAGAGUCAAAACACACAAUGCCGCACCAGACCAUCUCGACAUUAAAGCUCAAGUCCUUCGUCACUCCUGUCAUCCGCCAAGUCACCCUCGAAGACUUCGACGACGGCCUGAGCAUAUAUGAAGAAAUGGGCUCCGGGGUCACCUGCCAUGUCGAUUGGACUAUUUCUCGUGGUCAUGCCGCUAACAGUGAGGCAGGUUUCACUCUGGAUGAGUUCUAUGUUGUGAGAGGAUCAAGAAGGAUGCGGGUUGACACAAUGAUCUAUAAUAACCAUCAGCCGCAGACGAUGAUGUUUAUUGUCUACAUUGAGAAGAUAAGCAACGAAUGUACGAACAUAGUUGAUCAAGUUCGACGUCAAUUGGAGAAAUUCAAAGAAGCAUGAUGUCUGCUAUGUUUUCUUAAUGAAAAAC